AUUUAGUGAACAAGUCAAAUUUUGGAAAAAAAAACAGUAAAAAACAAAGAUGGAAGCUGCAAGUGUUGGUGUCGGCGGUAAAAAUCAUUUAGAAAUUGUUUUAUCAGAGGCUGAACUCGGUAAUAUACCGAAUCCAGUCGCUAAUAAAAUAAAUGGCUACAUUGAACAAAAAUUUGAGGAGUAUCUAACAUCCAAGGCGCUUCAUGAAACCAGCAAAUCACAAAUAGAUGACAAGAUCUCUGAAUCGGAAACAAAAGCAGUUGAAACAUCGGAAAAAUAUGAAGAAGCCUCGAGGAAGUUGGCCGCCGCGGAAGAAACCAUCGCCGAGUUCGGGAAGCAGGUCGAGACUCUCAAUCAAGAACUGGAGAAGGCUCGAGACAAAAUAACCCGCUUGGAAAAUGAAACCAUUUCAAUGAAAAGCUCUCGCGAUGCGGCCAUUGAUGAACGGAAUGACUUGACGCGCAUCCUGCAGCGGCGCGACGCGGAGGUGGACCGGCUGUCGGCCAGCGAGGCCGCGCUGGCGCAGCAGCUGCGCGCCGCCAUCGACGCCAAGUGCGAAGCCUUCGCCCUCAAUGAUGAAAUACAAAGCAAAGAACUGUCUCUACAAUACCGCGAGAAAAGGAUUGAACAGGAAAGAGUCUUACUCAACUCACAAAUCGCCGGCUUAACUGAAGAAGUAAACAGGCUAACAUCUGAACUACAAACUUUACGACUGAACAACACUAGCAGGCUUAUCAAUCUGGAGACCCAACUAACUGAAAAGACGGAAGAACUAAACGCAGCUAACGAAACUAUCGCCCAAUUAAAUGAAGUUAAAAAGAACCUUAACAUUCGCGCCGAGAGUUUAUCGCAACGCCUUAUGGAGCAGAGAGAAAUUGAAAACAAAAUGACUGAAAACUACAAAAAAGAACUGGAAGCAAAGACUAAAUUGGCAGAUCUGUUUAAAACAAUGCAUGAUGAUGCGGAGUCGAAAACAAUGGAAAUGACUGAAGGCAUAGGGGAGUUGCAGAAGAUGUUGAAUGAAGCAACAGAGAAAUAUGGCGAAUUGGAAACUAAAUUCAAGCAAGCUGAAAUGGAUCAUGAAGAAUUAUUAGAAAAGAAAAAUGAAAUCAUCUCAUCAUUGAAGAAUGAACUUGAGCAUGCUAAUGAUCUACUAAAAGCUGCUAAUGCUCAGAACUUGGACAUUGCUCUGAGUGACUUGGCUCCAUCUGCUGCUACAGCUAGCAAGCUACUGAAAUCAGGCAUGUCAUUAACACAAGUAUAUUCGCAACUAGUAAAGGUAACUGAAGAACUUACUCAAGAAAAAGAAGAGAAUAGGCGACUUAAUAUUACUAUCAACACUAUCGUCCAAGAACUAGAAGAAAAAGCUCCUCUUCUUCAGAAACAGAGGGCUGAGUAUGAAGAAGCUCUCGAAAGCAAUGCUGCUCUUACACAGCAGAUAGAUUCUAUCAUAACAGAGUGCAACAGACUGAGGGAUGAUUAUAGUGAAUCAAACAAAAUAGCGAACCAUUACAGUCGCGAAAACUCAAGGCUGAAGGGUGAACUAGCCGAUUUAGGGCGACAAGUUUGCUUCCUACUAAAAGAAAUAGAACAGAGUCGUGGUAAUACUAUGCCAAACGGCGAUCAUGACGCAUCUAACAAUGCUUCUAAUACGUCAGACAUAAGUUCGUCCCGUGUGAUUUCUAAAACAUUAGUCACCUUUAGCGACAUUCAGGAGUUGCAGACUAAUAACCAGAAGUUAUUGCGUAUGGUUCGCGAGCUGACAGAAAAGCAAGAAGAGUUUGAAAGUCACAAGGAACAAUUCGAAAGUGGAGAAAUGCAAGGUAAAAUUGAAGCUUUGACUAACAGAGUCACUGAAUUAACCGAAGCACAAGACCGCCAAACUAAGAUGGUAAAUGGUCUCAUCAGGCAAAGAGAUAUGUUCAAAAAACUGUAUCACGAUCUCAUGAAAGGAAAGCGACAUGAGGUAUCAAAUACAAGUUUACUAGGAGCUUCAGAUUGCGAGGAUAACGACAUGUCCCAAAUGGAUGUGUCACAAGAAAAAUCUUCAAAGCAAGCUACCCCAGAUCCCUCGGCAUUCGAGGUUAAAUACAAAGAAGCUGAAAAACAGCUAGAGCUUCUGAAAGAAGAGUUUAAAACAUACAAAGAAGAAAAGGUUACAAAUGAGAGAAUGUUGUUCGAACAGAUUGACAGCAUGAGGCAAGAAGUUUCAAAACUAACAGCCGCCAACAGCAAAUGUUCCUCAACUUCCGAAUACAACAAUGAAAGACUUAAAAUAUUACAAACAAAUAUUACAACAUACAAAAAACAAAUAGCUUCUCUAGAAGAAAAGAACAAAGCAUACAAUGCUACUAUUGCCAAACAUGAAGUUUCAUUGCAACAUCUCAGAGAUGAGGCACUAAACGCACAGAGUAAACUGGCUGCAUCUGAAAUAACAGUAGAAAACUUGAAACUUGAAGUCAAACUUCUGAAAGACAUGGAAGUGCGUAUACGGACUGAAAAGGAAAUAUUAAAUCGCGAACGGCAAGGUCAAGCCGUUUUACUGAAGAAUCUGGAGUUGAUUAAGGCAAGCAUAGAGCGCGUGGAAAUUGAGAAUCAUUCUAAAGUGGAGUCCCGACUGGAUGAAGCCACUCGCGAGUGCGCGGCGCUGCGGCGGCGCCUGCAGGAGGAACAGGACCGCUUCCGCGAGCUCGCGGCGCACCUCGAGCGGCAGACCGACACCGCCAAAACACGCAUGCAAGAGGAAAAAGACGCCGCCGACGCACUCAGGACAGAAGUCACUCAGCUCAGGGAAGAUCUAAUACAGAAAAACAAAUCCAAUGAAGAACUAGCCAAGAAACUCAAAAUAGCACUGUCACCAAACUCUGACGGCACCUUUGACUCAGUUAAAAGAAUCAAAGAACUAGAAAAUAGAGUUUCCGACAAGGAUGCCGAGAUCAAAUCCCUGCAAGAGCAGCUGAAGAUUUCAAAGGAACAUAUCAAACAGUACUGUGAUAUCUCUGAAUGUGCUGAGAAGGAGCUAAAGAAUUUGAGUGCCGAGUACAGCGCUUACAAGGCGGAAACCGAGCCUAAACUCGCCGCGUACAUACAGAACUUGCAGACUCUACAAGACAAGUGUUCGGAGCUGGAGGCGGAGUUGUCCCUGCACGGGUCGGGCGAGCACUCCGGUGUCAACUCGCACUUGAGGAACGAACUCACGCAAGCCAAGGAGGAGCUGAGCGCCGCGCGGGUUGCCCUGGACACCUGCCGAGUGGAGCUCACCGGCUGUCGCGAGGAAGCCACUAAGAUGGCUCAAGUGGCACAAGCCGCAGAGGAGAAAUAUGCACACGAGAUGAUGCUACAUUCCACUGAUAUUCAGACACUAACACAAGUCAAGGAAGACCUUUCUAGAGCCCAGAAUGAAAUCAAUGAGCUGGUUUCUCUUAAGAAUAGUGCUGUUGAGAAAAUGGAGACUGAGAAGCUGUCUUGGGCGGAAAGAGAAAAGAUGAUCACGGCUGAAAACGAGCAACUGUUGCAACGCUUUAAAGAUCUGAAUGAUCAAAAUGCUUUACUUCAUGAUCAAAUUCAAGCACUUGGAACUCAGCUCUCCAUAACACAUGCUUCUAAGUCCAUGUCAGAGAGCAUGAACGAGUCCGGUCAUGACUCCACUAUUAACGUAUCUGUCAAUGAAGAUGAUAUUAAAUCAUCUGAACAACUCUUCCAAAUUGUUAAAUUCUUGCGAAAGGAAAAGGAUAUCACCAUGGCUAAGUUUGACAUUCUCCAAGCCGAGACUAUGCGAGUGAAGUCGCAACUUGAAAUCACCGAGAAGAAGCUCGACGAUACUAAAUUAGCUCUAGCAGCCGAAAGAGAAAAGUCCGAAGUCAGCAUGGUGACGCUCAACAGACAAUCUGAUAUCCUCAGAAAAGUGGAGACACUGAAUGCUCUCACUGACAGCAACAGAAUACUCAGGGAAGAGCGUGACACGCUGACAGCUCGAGUGGAUGAGCUCAUGGCUAACACUAAAGCGUUGGAAGAACAAAUAUCUCCACUGCAAGAAAGGAUUUCGGAGCUAACAUCUAAGAACGAAACCCUUUUGUCGGAGAAUUCUGCUCUGAAGGCGGACUCUGCGCGCUGGAGGAGCCGAGUGAACGCACUGGUCGAGCGAGCCAACAAGACCAGCCCCGAGGACUGGAAGCGACUGCAGAACGAGCGAGAGACACUAGCCAAGAUGCUCACUGCCGAGAAGGAAACCGUUUCCAAACUCAGUGACGAGCUCGGAAAAGUCAAGGUCGAGAAGUCGAAGCUAGAGGAACAGUACUCCAUACUAUCACGGCAACAAACCUCAUUAGUUGAAAACAACAAGAAGAUGAAUGAGGAACUACAGACCCUCAAGGAUGACAUGGCCCGUCUAACUGAAGAGUUGACGAAAAUUAAGGCCGAAUUUGCAGCGUGUAAUGAUAAUAAUACUAAGCUAAAUGAAGAUCUAGCGGCCAAGGAGGCUUCAUUGAAUGACAUAAGAAAUAAAGAAAUGCAAAUUAGGAAGAUCGCUAAGAAGUACAAAGCGCAGUAUGAGGAGUUAGCGAAGACGUCGGAGGAAGAGAAAAAGAAGACUGAGGGCGAGACGGCGGCGGCGGACGCGGCCACUGCAGAGAGCUCGAAGAAGAUGGAGGAGCAGCUGGCAGAGCUGCAGGCGCAACUGGAAACAGAGAGAGAAACCAACGAGAAGCUCAAACAAGACCUGGAGGCGUUGAGGACAGCCAACAGCGACAAGGAGGAAAAGGCGAAGCAGGUCCUCAAACAAGCCAAAACCAAGAUCGUUCAACUCACAGAAGUCAAAAACACGCUUAGUCGAGAGCUCAGCGAAUCGCGUAGCAAGAUCGAGGCUAUAGAGCAGAGCAGCCGCGACGAACAAGAGGUCAGACUGGCGGUGAUUAAAUCGCAGUUUGAAGGGCGACUGACUAGACUGGAGAAGGAGAAGGGCGAGGCCCAGGACAAGGCGCGAGAGGUGGAGGCUCUUCAGCAGAAGAUCGGCAUCCUGCAGCGCCAGCUGGCGAGCCAGGCCUCCGCCGCCAAGCAGCAGACCGCGGCCGAGAAGACCACCAGUGACCCGCCCACCGCUAAUAUCAAGCCUAUGGCUGGCGUAGCGCAACAGAGCGUGUCAGCGAGCCGUCGCGGCGGCGAGACGCCCCUCGCCUCCAUCCGGCCGAUGGCUCAAGUCGGGCCGACGGCCCCGCAUGAUGCACACACCACGGAGUACAUGCCGGCCUCGUCGUCGCGCCCGCUGCCGCGCGCCGCCGUCGCCGCCUCCACCGCGCCGCCAGAGUCUACGCAGGACAUGGACACGAGCGAGGCGGGCGGCGCGGGCUCCAGCGACGCCGCGCAGUCCUCGUCCUCUGCACACUCGCAGACGCCGCAACAGGCAGUGGCGCUGGUACUGCCGCGGAUAGAGCAGCCGGCGGGCGCGACCAGCUCGGCCGCGGCUGUGGCGUCCGUCCCCGCCAGUACCUCCGCCGUCGCCACCGCCGCCGCGCCGCUACCCGCCUCUGGCAGCGCAGUAGCGGCGGCCGAGACCCGCGCCGAGGGGGCCGGCGUGAGCACGUCGCACGCGCCCGAGCGGCCCGCCAAGCGGCCGCGCGUGCAGCCGCGCCCGCCGCCCAGCGCCAAGCGGACCCGCGUGCAGGGCUUCGAGCGUUCGGUGGAGGUGGAGUACCAGGUGCCGACGUCGUCGCGCUGCGACCAGGAGGACGAGGGCGUCAUCGUCGUGGACUCGGAGGAGGACGACGAGCGCUGCACCGGCACGUUGUACCGGGAAGGUGAAGAGGAGGAGGAAGAAGACAUGGAGGAGGAGCAAGAAGUGGAGGCCGGCGAGGAGGAGGAGGAAGAAGAAGAGGCUGGCGAUAGCGAGACCGCCGCCGCCCGGCAGGACUCCCCCGGGCAGUCGCCCGAGGCGGGCGUGGAGGGCGAGCUGGAGGAGGGCGCGGAGACGGCCGAGACGUCCGCCGACAGCGAGCCCGCGCCGCCCGGCCCGCAGAUAGAGGCCAUCAGCAGCGGCACUGAGCCGAGUGGCGCCCUCUCGCUCGGCGGCAGCGGCGGCGACGACGGCGACGACAGCAUCGUGCCGUCCACGCCCACGCUCUACGUGCCAAGGAGGAAUGACGGGUUCGGCGAGGCGGUAGUGUCGCCCCUACCGGGCGGCGGCGCGGGCGCGGGCGGCGCGCGCUUCACGUUCGCGGAGGCGGGCGCGGCGAGCCACCACGACACGCACGCCGACCUCGCCGCCGCGCUGCCGCCGCCGCCGCCGCUGCACCAGCCCACAGGUGGCGAGGAGGAGGAGGAGCAACGGGGCGAGGAGGAGACGCCGGCCGUCAGCUCGCAGGGCAGCCAGCCGCCCUCGCCGCACCAGGGAGCAGCCGAGGAGGGUCGCGAGGCGGAGGCGAGCGCGAGCCCGCAGGCGCGGCGCCGCCCGCCCCCGCGCGGCCCGCCCACCCCGCACUCGCCCCACCAACAACGGUGGAUGCCCUCUGCUGACAGUGAAAGCGGCGGACGAGGCCGCGGCAUGCGCUCGCGAGGCCGGCCCGCGCGGCGCCCGCACGGCUACAUGCGCUACUAGUCCACCAGCCGACACCACCCCCUACACGGAUUCCAUUCACUAGAGUUAACAUAUAGCUAUAAUAACUGAAGCUGACAUACCUAUAAGGCAAUGUAUACCGAUACCAUUUUAAUGUGAUAUUUUCAUGAUGGUAGUCUGUAUUUCAAAUUAUGUUUCAAGCUUGUGGAAUAUCACAGUAGAAUUGUAUUUGCAAUGGUAAUUUUCCCGACAUAAAUCAAUAAAAAAUGUAUAAAAACUUCAUCUCUCUGAAAUUAAUUGGAACAUGCUUCAGUGAUUAUUGUACUACUAUUAUUAUUAAUAUUCCCUAGAUGUAAGUGUAUAAUUGAUAAUUUUCUAGUAAUUUCUAUAAUUCACAGACAUACUUAUGAUAGUUUCCCUUGUGAAGUAAUAUAAGUUUCUGAAUAAUUGAA